AUGGAUGUAGAACUUGAAAUUUCUGAUGAAGAAAUCGACGAAAUCGAACAGGUUACAGCAAGUUCUACUAGGAAUCUAACACCGAAAACAGUUUUCAGAACAAAGAAACAUCAAACACCAGGAGGAACGUGUUAUGACGCACCAAUUGUUGACGAUAAGUUGAAACCGUAUGUUGGACAGGUUUUGGAAAACCUAGAUGAAUGUGAAAAAAUGUAUAACAAGUAUGCAUUGGCUUCAGGAUUUGAUGUCAGAAAAUCAACUCAAACCACAAAUAACUUUGGGCUUGUUGUGAGCAAGUAUUAUGUAUGUAACAGAACUGGUAAUCCAAAGCCAAUGGCAGUGGACACACUGCAAACCGGUGAACAUCCACUUAGAAGAUCAAACAUGGAACGUACGGGCUGUAAGGCUAAAAUCAAAUUUCUGAAGAUAACUGGAAGUUCCAAAUACAAAGUAGAUGCUAUACAACCAAUACACAAUCAUGAGUUGCUGAGACCUGAAUACAAGCAUCUGUCAAAGCAAGAAAGACAACUAAAGUAUGUCGAACAAAUCUUUAUAUACAACGCCUCAAAGGCGAAUAUUGGUGCAACAACGGCACAUCAGCUCUACUGUAACAUGAAGGGCUGUGAAGAGAACGUGAAUGGAACAGUUGUCGACUUUCGAAAUUGGUCACGUGAUCUGAACGUUUUCAUCAGUGAAAGUGAUUCGCAAAUGCUUGUGAACAAAAUGCUAGAAAGAAAGAAGUAUGUUCCAGGGUUUUCGUUCUAUUACAAAGCUGUAGAUAACAUACUACACUCUCUUUUCUGGGCAGACGAGGUGGCAAAGUGUAACUACAACUGUUUCCAUGAUGUAAUGUCUUUUGACGCCACCUACAGGACCAACAGGUACAACCUAAUGUUUGUUCCAUUCACUGGAAUUGAUAACCACCGUAAAUGUGUCACAUUUGCGGGAGGUCUGAUACGGGACGAGACAACAGAGAGUUACAUAUGGCUUCUUAAUUGUUUCUUGGAUGCAUUCAAGAAAGAGCCAAUCAUGGUGGUUACAGAUCAAGACAAAUCAAUGGAGAAAGCAAUAAAGACUGUGUUCAAGAAAGCAAAACACAGAUUAUGCAUGUGGCAUAUUACCCAAAAGCUGCUAUCAAAGGUUAGGGAUGCCAAUCCUAGUAUAGAGAAUGAGUUAGAAAGCGAUUUUAAGAGAAGAUUUGAUAGCAUAGUGUGGAAUAUGCACAUUGAACCAGCGGAAUUUGAAAUGAAAUGGGACAAGCUGAUGAAUGACUUUUCUCUGAAGAACGAUACUUGGUUCAAUUAUAUGUUUGAAAUCAGAUCCAGGUGGAUACCUGCAUACUUUAUAGACACAGAGAUGUUUGGGUUGAUGAGAACAACUUCAAGAUCCGAGAGCGAGAACGCAUUCUUUUCUCAUUUCACAAAGUCAGGAUCAAAUUUAGUAAACUUCAUGAGCGGGUUUGAGUCUGCUAUGUUCAAGCAGAGAUCAAGUCAAUCAAAGCUGGAUGCCUUUACCAUAAAAAAAACAAGAGAACUGAAAACACAACUGAAGAUGGAAAAGCAGGCGGCCAAUGUCUACAUACAUACAAUGUUUGAGUUCAUCCAAGAGGAGAUACAAGCUUCAUUAUACAAAUGUAUGUUGGAUCAGAUGACUAAGGAUGAACAAACCAACACUUGUGCUUGUGUCAUCAAUGAUUGCAGUAUCAGUUCAUCAAAGCCAAUCCAAUACAAGGUACUUUUUGACCAGAAAGAAGGUGUCAUCAUUUGUACUUGCAAAAAGUACCUUAAGCUUGGGCUUCUAUGCAGACAUUGUUUUUGGGUGUUGAAGAACUUCCAAAUUAAUGAAUUGCCAAAAAAAUACAUCAUGAAACGUUGGAUGAAGAAUCUUAUUCCGCCAGAGUUAAGGUCAAGAAGAAACAUAUAUGGAGACGAGAACAUAUCUGUUCAAAAGUUAAUAAAUGAAGCAACUUCAGUUAUAGAAGAUUCUUUACAAUGA